AGGCAAAACUGGACUCCUCCCCCACCACCCCUGAAAAAACUCAGAUCUGCACAAAUCACGCAAGUGUUAUGUUUUUAUUCUGAAUUUCGACGAGGUAAAUUUUCAUGUAUUAUAGGGCUUUAAUCACAAAUAUAUGUAUGUGAGUUAUACACGUAUGAAGAAAUUAGCAGAGACCUUUUGGGUGUAUCUUCCGAAUACGUUAACGUUUUGAACUUAUAGGACUUUACGCAACUGCUGUGAUGAAAUGCUGAAGGGUGGAACUGAAACGUUUUUUGUUUUUUUUUAAACAGCAGGUUGAGCAGACCAGUCAUUGUCAGUCUCUUGGAACUAGCAUAAGAAGAGGAAGAAAACCGUGUAAGGAUAUCAAACCAUGAAUCUGAACUUGUGGGUGGUUGUGCUCCUGGGGACACAAGUCCAGCAAUCAGUUUCACAGGUAGUGCAGUGUUUCUCAGUAUUUUCCCUGUCCACUGGAAUAUGUAAUGAUCUGUUGGGUGAGGUUAAACAGGAUGAAUGUUGCAUGAACCCCAACUAUGGCUACAUAGCAGCAGAUGGAGUAUGCAAGUCCUGUAGGCGGGCAGCAUGGACUGAGUGGUCUUCCUGGGGCAAGUGCUCGGUGCCUUGCACAGAGGGAGUUAGGCAAAGGCACCGCUUGUGUUACGGAAUUGGGUCUUGCUCAGACCCUGAGGAACUGGGAAGUCUUCAAACUGAACCAUGUGUGGAAAAGGAAUGUUGCCCAGUGGACGGAGGCUGGACAGAGUGGGACAAUUGGCAGCCAUGUUCGGUCACAUGUGAAAACGGAAUUAAAAAAAGGCAAAGAACAUGCUCUAACCCGCCUCCACAAUGUGGGGGCUCCUGUAGCGGUAAAGCGGAAGAAACUGCCUAUUGCGAAACUGAAGUAGUCUGUCCAACUCAUGGUGGGUGGUCUGAUUGGGGAAGCUGGGGUCCUUGUGGAGGAACCUGUACUCAUGAAGGACACCAACCCCCAAAAGAGCUUAGAAAAAGGACAUGCACUAAACCUCGUCCAUCCACGGUUCCACGUGGCAGAGACUGUGAAGGCUCUGACACAGACAGCCGCCUUUGCACAGGACUACCUUUUUGCGCACGUGAUGGAAACUGGGGCCCUUGGUCAGAAUUAACAGCCUGCUCUGUGACAUGUGGGCUGGGCCGGCAGAAACAAAGAAGGAUGUGUGAUUCUCCUGAACCGAAAUAUGGUGGCAAACAGUGCCAAGGUGAUGACCAAAAGGUUGGUCUCUGCACUGUUCCAGUCCGCUGUCCAACACAUGGGGUAUGGACUGAAUGGGGUCCAUGGGGUGAAUGUAAACCGCCUUCAAAAAGAACAAUCCGUUGCAAGAACAGGGAGGGAACCCGAAGGAGAGAGAGGGACUGUACUGGCAGAGAUUUCGAGGGAAAUUUUUGUGAGGGAGAGAUUGUGCAACACGGCAACUGCUAUGAUAUUGAGGGCUGUGACAUGAAUGCCGUCUUGUCUGAGUGGAGUAAAUGGAGUGAUUGCAAACCUAAUUGUGGGUCAAAAUCCGAACAAACAAGAGAAAGAGUGUGUAUUGUGGACAUCUCUGCAUACAGUGUCCAAAACAUCCAGUUUUUCUCAGGAAAUCCAGUUAUUGAUUGCAAGGAUGUUCCAAACGAAACACAGAGAAGAGCAUGUAAAAAUGUCCCUGAGUGUUAGGAUAAGGUUGCAGUAUUCAGCUGUUGAAGAUAAGAGGACCAGUGGCUAUACUCAAUAACCCCUUCAGCAGCUGGAGGAACCUCAUCACGCAAAGCUGUUGUCUUAUGAAAUACAUUAUGACAGAACUGUUUUAUUAGCCUUUGUAAUAUGGUAUGAAUUGAUAUUUUUGGAAUGCUGAUUAAUGCACUUUUAUUAUGAAUUCUGCUUUGCUACAGUACCAAAGUACAGUAUUAAAAUAAUGCAAUAUGAUCUAGUGUAUGUGAUAAAAUAUUAGCCCUAAGAGACCCAUUGUAGCAGAAUUGUAUAAGAGGAGAAUAUAAGGGGUUUAAAAACAACUGGGUAGGGUUGCACCAGCUGUGUGUAAGUUCUCACAUAAGUUAGGAUGUAAAGUUUACACUAAGGGCUUAGUAACUACUAGUUAGUUUGUAACUAAGUCAGUGCUUAAUUUGGUUGCACCACCUGUUCUUAAGGCAAGAUUUAGCUAGUAGGUCGUAAGCUCUCCGUAAAGUAAUGCGUAGUCGCAUAAUAUGACGUUUACCUGUAUUGAUCCAAUAAGAAGCCUUCAAAUUUGUACACAGAAGUGUUAAAAAGCCGUGAACUUCAGUUUGAUAUUGUUAUGGUUGAUGAUCAAACCUUGUAACCCGUAAAUGUCAGCUGUAAUAAAUUAUAUCCCCAUUAAAAUACGAUAUGUAAUAAAAGUAGCUACAUUUUAUAAAUAGUAUAUUUGCCCUGUGUAAAUAACAAUAAAUAGGAACUGUAUCUAAAAUAAAUAAGGGGUGAUAAAUAAAUACUAAUACAACAGGCUGGGAAAAUAGAUAUUUUUUCAUUUUAAUAUCCUAUAAAUAUUUUGAAUGUGUUGAAACUUGACACCAGGCGAUGCACCCUGAAAACUGCACCUUUAGAUCGGUUUCAUGCUGAAGAGCCGCUUAAAAGUACGUUUUUUUCUCUCUCUCGUAAAUGUAAAUGAGUGUAAAUGCCAACAUCAUCAUAUAUGUCGAAAGGAUUGAAGCCUGUCACGCAAAACAUGAGUUCAUUGAUGUCAUAAAAUGAGUCUGCUUUUUUAUUCCAUCCGUUAUGCCUGGUCGGGUUACGUCCUACCUAAGUUUAAUGGUGCAAUGCUCAAAUAUUUAGUAGUGUGUAAAUUGUGACUUAGUGCCCAUUUAUGCCACAACUAGGCUAAGUUGUAACGUAUGUAUAGCUGGUGUGGCAGCUGCUGUUUUAGUGGCUGAAUAGUUUAUUAAAUGAAUAUUUACACUUACAAUGAUAAUGAUUAGUGAAUGGGGCCAAUCCUUAAACAUUAAAAAUACUCUGAGUUUCAAAAGUAUAACCACAAGAUGUAAAAAAUGUGCGUGUUUACAUGAUUUUAGUGUGAUAAAAAUCGCUUACAAACCAUUUCUGCAGUGGCGAAUUCUCAGGGCCAGCAAAGCCUUCUCUGCUGCCCUAACAUGCCAAAUAAAUAAAUAUUUUUCAUCCUUUCA